AGAAGCUAGUUAGAAGGAAUUCUACCUGGCUUUCUACUUUUAUAUUUUGUUGAAAAGCUGGAAUCUCUCAUCUGGGUCAUUACUUCAUGGCUCUUUGCCCUAGCCGUUUCAAUGGUGCAACUUUCACAGUCCCCCCUCCGCCGCCCUUCACCUUCAUGCCACUCUGAGGAAGGGGAAGAGAAGAGCAUGAAGCCAGAUAAGCAGCAGGUGACCCAAGGUCCUCGAGGGGAUAACCAGCCUCCCAUGAGCCCUCUGCAGGCAGCUUUGAAUUCUGCAGCCACAGCUUCUCAGGCAUACGAGACUUACAUUGAUAAUGGACUUAUCUGCUUGAAACACAAAAUUAGGAAUAUUGAGAAAAAGAAGCUCAAGUUAGAAGACUACAGGGAUCGGCUGAAAAGGGGGGAGGUCCUCAAUCAAGAUCAGUUGGAAGCUGUUGAAAAAUAUGAAGAAGUUAUACAUAACUUGGAUUUUGCUAAAGAACUUCAGAAGACAUUUUCUGGACUAAGUCAAGAGCUACUAAAAGCACAACGGAAAGCGCAACGAAGAGAAACCUUACUAAAACUUGAAGCAGAGAAGAAAAAGCUCCGCACAAUACUGCAGGUCCAGUAUGUGCUGCAGAAUUUCACUCAAGAGCAUGUGCAGAAAGACUUCAGAAGUGGCUUGAAUGGUGCAAUAUACUUGCCUUCUAAAGAAUUAGACUACCUCAUUAAGUUUGCAAAAUUGACAUGUUCAGGAAGAAAUGAAACUGUUAGCAUUGAAGACCAAAUGGAGCAGUCAUCACUCUGUUUCUGGGACCUGCUGGAAGGCAGUGAAAAAGUAGUGGUUGGGACAACCUAUAAGCAUCUGAAGGAUUUGUUAUCAAAGCUGAUAGAUUCUGGAUAUUUUGAAAACAUUCCUACCCCUUGCAACAAACCAGAAAAAGAGGAAUUGAAAGAAGAAAUGCUUGAAAAACCCAAACAGUUAUCAAAACCAGAGUUUGUCAAUGAAAUAGAAUCUCAAAGGCAGCAUGUUCAAUCGGAAAUACAACCUCAAGAAUUUCUUAAUAGGCGCUAUUUGCCUGAAGUGGACUGUACUGUCAAGCCUGAAAGAGCCAAACACUGGGAAAUAGAACAUGUUCCAAAAAGUGAUCCCCCCAAAUCCUGGGAAAUGCUGGUUGAUGUCGAAGAAGAGGAACAGAAAAGGCGAAAUCCAGAAUCCCUGAAAUCAUUGGAAUCUGUAAACCAGGAAGGGAAGAAGAAGCUGGAACUUUCACAGCCUUGGGAAUCGACUCUUCCAGAAGUUGAUGAUCAUAAGCAGGAUGUUCCGAAGCCUUGGGUGGCCCCAGUUAGAGAAGAGCAGGCCUCUUCCAAAUCCUGGGUAACAAAAGAGAAAGAACAGCAGGAACCAAAGCAAGAAGGUCCCAAGCCCUGGAUAACUAAAACUAAAGGAGGAUUAGAACAAAAUCAGGAAAAGCCAAAAAUUUGGGUGUCUCAAACUAAUAUGGAAACUUUGAAAAAACCAGAACCCAUGAAGCCUUGGGAUGCACAUGUCCGAGACGAGAUGGAACAAAAGAAACAGCAGCCUGAAAAGCCAUGGGUGGGGCAUAUAGGAGAAGAAGAUGAGCAAAAAUCCCAGCCUCCAAAAGUUUGGGAAACAUCUGAGAGAUCACAGCAAGUGGUCCAGCAGCCAUUACAGAAUCCUCCUAAGAUCUGGGGAGUUGGAAAUCUUGUACCAAAGGAUCAGACUGAGCUGAAGAAGCUUGACGGGGAACUGAAAGAAAGACAAGAAUACAGAUCAAAGCUUGAAUCAGAUGUAAAAAAAGGUGGAAAGACUGGUGGAAUAAAUGAACACAGCAAUGAUGCGUCAAAGAAAAAAGGGAGCUUUCCGUCAAUUGGAGAAUCAUGUAAAUUACCCAGGAAUAUCCAAAACGUCAUGCAGGUAGCUAAGCCUGUGCACCAAACAGCUGCAGAGUUUUGCUCUACUUCUAGCCUUCCAAAGGAUCCAGUACUCAGAAGGGAAAAACUGCAAGAUUUGAUGACUCAAAUUCAGGGGACUUACAACUUCAUGCAGGAAUCACUUCUGGAUUUUGAUAAACCUUCACAAAGUGCUGGCUGUUCAUCACAAGCUUCUUCUGUUGAUUCUUCUGCUUCUAAUGAACAACUUUCAAGCCAAAAUGACUUCCCUGAACAAUCAGUGCAGAGUGCUUCUUCUCCCGUGACUUUGCAUGGAUCAAACACUUCCUUAGUUUCUGAUAACACUUUGUCUGGAUCAGAAACUGAACUUCAUUCACCACAAGUGUUCAAAGUUAAUGCACCUUUGCCACCUCGUAGAGAGCAGGAAUCGAAAGAGAAUUCUCUGCAUUCCACAGGAUACAAUCAGAAUUUUUCGACAGCCAGCACACAGACACCACCCCCGUGUAAAUUACCAUCCACUCAAAAUGCGGAACAAACAACUUUUUCACAAGAGUCUCUUUCAAAUGGUACUUGCCAGGUUGAGGGAGUCGUUCCUGUCAGCAAUGGUACCCUCACUUUUUAUGCAGCACAGACGGCCACUUUUCCUAGACCAUCACAGCCUUUUAUUGGAAACCGCGGAUCUAUCAGAGGUUCUCUCAGGGGUGUAAGAUCGAUGAAUAAUUCCUAUCGCUCUUCUGGUGGAUAUAAAGCAGGUUUUGAACCUUACAGAGGAUCGCCUUCAAUCCCUAAUGGAACCUAUAGCCAAUUACUUCCUGGCAGAGAUUAUUCUUCAGUGCAGUAUUCUCAGAGGGAUAUGAAUUACCAACCAAACUAUAAGCGAGGAGGUAUUAAUAGUGGUCGAACUAACUCAAGAGGUUACAGGCAAGAAAACAGACAGGAAGAAAACUGCUCAGCAGCAGGAUGGAACGAUUCUUCUCAGGUGAGCAGUCCAGAGCGUGACAAUGAGAUGUUUAACAGUGGGGAGACUGGGCAGGGUGAUUCCCGCAGCAUCACUCCUGUCGAUAUACCUGUGACAAGCCAAGCAGCCACCCUACUACCUGUACACGUCUAUCCCCUCCCACAGCAGAUGAGAGUUGCCUUUUCUGCUGCUAGAACUUCUAACUUGGCUCCUGGAACUUUAGAUCAACCCAUCGUGUUUGACCUCUUGUUAAACAAUCUUGGCGAAACCUUUGAUAUACAACUUGGUAGGUUCAAUUGUCCUGUUAAUGGUACUUAUGUAUUCAUAUUCCAUAUGUUGAAGCUAGCUGUGAAUGUACCAUUAUACGUGAACCUCAUGAAAAAUGAAGAGGUUUUAGUCUCCGCGUAUGCCAAUGAUGGUGCUCCAGAUCACGAGACUGCAAGCAACCAUGCAGUCCUCCAGCUCUUUCAAGGAGACCAGAUUUGGCUACGCCUUCAUAGAGGAGCUAUUUACGGCAGUAGUUGGAAAUAUUCUACCUUCUCAGGAUAUCUCCUGUACCAAGACUGAACAUUAAGCUGCUCCAAUGGUUUGGUGAAGGAAGGUGAAAACUGGUGGGCUAGUUUCACAAUUGCAUACUGAAUACUAAAGUGGGGAAAUGGUGAUCUGUCUUGCAACGAGUUGAAGUUGGAUCAGCACUGAUGUGGCACUUUAUCAGUUGUGAUAUAGCCUUGAUAGUAAAGCUCUGAAUGUUAUGUUUGCACUUACUCUUGAACUGUAAUUUAUUAGCUUACUAUGCUACUCAAAUUUGCCUCAAGUUUAGGCUAUUUGCAACGCCUUGUGCCUAAAUAAAAAGAAAUUAAUAUGCCUUAGUAUCAAUGUUUGUGCUACUGUGAUAAUUCUGGGUGAUAUUAACUUUCUGGAGGGUUGUGAAGACUUGGCUUGUUCAUCCAGGCAUUAUGCUAGGAUAGAAGUAAAUAAAUGCAAGUGUGAAUUUAGAGCUAGUGGGAUAGUGCUGUGAUUGAGUUAAUGUGAUGGUGUGAGGUUCAAUUGACCAGAUUUCAUUCUGGUUUUUUUUAACUGAACAUUAUUUUGAGCUGCCAAGGGUUAUCACAUAUAAGAUAGGUGGCCAUAUAAGUUUAUAAAUAAAAAAAAUAAGAUUCCACUGGAAAAAGAAAACAGAUCCACACCCAGUUAGGAAGUAUGUUCCUUGCCUGUGAAAAGUUGCAGAUUUAAUCCCCCCAAACCUGGUAGGAGGAAGAAAUAGCAGAUGAUGGCAUUCCCAUAUUAAAAAUUAGAUGUGAACACUCAAUCUGCAAUGCAACAUCAUUUUUAUUUUUUAAACAUUGAAAGCAAAUGGAAUAUUGAGACUAAGAUUCAUUUCCUAUUUAUGUAAUUAUGUAGAAAAUUUUGAGUUCUCAACACAACAGCUCUUGAUUCCCAGGAUUGGGAAACUAGCACCCCACAUAGCAAAACACCAUCAGCGUUUCUAAAGCUGCUUCUGGCCUUGUAUUUAUCUGGCAGUAGUUCAGGGCUUAAGAGCUAUACUUUACUGCCUGGGGGAAAAAUGGUAAGUUAAGGUGGUAGAAGUGGGGCAAGCCACCAUAUAAAUGGGCACUGUGACUGUCCAUAUUAACUAUAGUGUGAGACCAGAAGUUGUUCCUCAAGUUCUAAAUGAGUCCAUAAGCCCCAAAAGUUGGAAAUCCUGACUUUAUUAGCGUCAUUGUCCCUUCUAGUUUUGAUGCCAACGCUACAGCAGAAAAAUAAACUUACAGGUAAUUAAAUAAAUGGGGAAGAUGGUAAACCUUUACACAAGCAGGAUUUUUACAUCUUAUUUUAUUAAACCACUAGUUAUGUUAGUCACUUUGCUUCAGAUUUUACACCUUUGUUAUAAAACUCUGUGUUGUUGGAAAUGAGUGGCUGUGUCACUCAAGGUGUUUGUUAGGAACUGUUGCCCUUGGACAUCUGAAAACUAAAGGCUUCAAGAUCUGCACUAGCAUCACCGUGGAACCAGUCUGGAGAUAAUCACAAUUGAGGACUUUAUUUGAAACUACCCGAAGAGCAGAUUGGAAGAAUACCCGUAAGCAGAGAUGGUAAAUUCUCCUCUGCGUUCUCCAACUUUUCUCUACAACGUUGGUUCUGUUUUAUUUUACAUUCCUGGUAUUGGUGUACAAGAACAACUACUAACAUCUAGAAAGUGCCUCUCUCUCCCUCUCCCUCUCCCUCCCUCCCUCCCUCUCUCUCUGUUUUUAAAAGUUCCCAUUUAAUUUGACUCAGCAUUUUAUACAUUCUAAAAGGCCCUCCUAUUUUUCCAAAUGACAAUUAUGUUAGCUGAAUUAUUUGUGAAGCUUCCAUCACAAGC